AUGGAGGCGCUGCAGCUCGAGCUUCCAUCUUCCGACGCCCCUUGUCUGGAACUACAGUGCUUGAUUAUCGGGAAUUGGUCCAGCGGCACGUUCUCGAUGAUGAACAAGUCGGACCGAGUUCGAGACCUACAACUAAGACUAAAGAAACUCAAGUUUGACCACGACUUGGACGUCCGCGUCGAUGGGUUGUACAUCUACCGCGCUCGACAGACGAACAAGCGGCGUUUCUCCUCUACUACAACGGAAUGGUUAAAGGAGGCCAACGACAUCCAGCAAGUGAAGAACGGGAACAAGUACUUUGUCCCUCGAUGGACCCGUGAAAAGCUCGACCCCGAGAACACGAUCGGAGACGCGUUCCCCUCUCUCGAGCCCGACUGCAUCCACGUGCUGGUGUCACCGCCUGAAAGCUUUUCCUUCCAGCGAACGCAAGACCAGCAGCUCCUGCUUCCGUUCCAACAAGCCGCGAGGAGACUAAAGAACGCAGUGGAGGUGGUCGAGCUUGUACAACUCGUGAAGAAGUACAGUGCCGUCGAGAGACCGCCGUUUAUUCUGCUGCAGGGCUCGGCUGGAGAGGGCAAGACGCAGACGGCCUUCAACUUGAUGGCCAGAGAUGAUGUUGAGGUCUUUUGCGUUCCCUGCUCGCAAAUGCCAUGGGAGUUUGCCGAUCGCUUUGAAGCGUUCAAGUGCUGUCUGGAGACGGACCUCCCAGAAGUCGGCGAAGCGACCGCCUCUGAUCUCUCGAAGCGGCCGCUAUUGUACACUUACGGGUUCAUUUGUGCCAUGUUGACUGGGUCGUCCGAGUUCACUGGCCCGCGAACGCGUGAAGAAGUUUUGGUCGCGCUGGAGUUGUGGCGAGCGCAAGGUCCUGGCAAAUGUUGCGUGUUUUUCCUGGAUGAAAUCCCCGCUCUGUGGUCUGAGGACAGGGAAAACCGUGUACUAAAGUACCGUAUGAUGACGAAUGUGUUUCGGUCCUUGGGCAUCGUGGCUAUACUGAGUGCUACGCAUGCCCCCGCCGGCGACUUGCUCCAGAUUGCGAGAGGUUUGACAGGCGAUCGCGAGUUUUGGGGCGUGGUUUUCCCCCGAUUCCCCCGAUUCCAAGACCCGGCAAUGAGCUCUGUUCGCUACGAUUUACGGUUAAUCAUUGCGCGUAGCCGACCGUUGUUCGCCAAAGUGGCGCUGGAAUACGUGCUAGAGAACCCUCUGGAUGACGAAACCAGUUUGGCAGUUUACUUGGACAAGAUGGCGAAAUUUCUGGCUCGAGGUGGACGCAUUGAUCCAGACUUCUGUGGCCAGGUCUGUAUGUUUUACGCCGCUUGUUACAUCGGCAAAUACAAUGGUUUCUGCCGAAUCGUUGGUCAUUACGCUCGUCUUCGCGACUCGGACAAGUUUGAGCUGUGGAUCAAUACCAACGGAGACCUACUGAAGAAGGUGGAAAAGGGACUGGUGGGGUGGUAUUGCUGUUGUUUCCUCCCGACGCCAGCGCAAGACUCGCUCCUGCAUCUCUGCUUGACAGGCGGCAAAGGGUUUAGCGCCUUCAAAGACAGGAUAGUGGAGAAUAUGUCAUUCACUGCUGCUGUCAACAAGGAGUGGCGGAUUAACAACACAUUCGAUUUCUCCCGUGAUACUGGCGCACCUCGACUGGAAGCACUGGCAUCAGGAGCGAUUGUAGCAGCAAGCCACCACAACGGGUUUGCCGGCAUUUCGUUUGUGAGUCUGUUCACGGGUUUGAUGUACGAGCUGAACAUGCAGAAGUCGAGCGAUGUCCAACUGCGUCUUCCGGCCAAUGUGCGGAGUUUCUCUCUUCUCUCUUUGCGCCGUUCUUGGCUCCACCGAACGCCAAGUGGCCAAGUUUCCUGA